AGCAACCAGGUUGACAGUUUCCCUGAAAAGCCACCAAUCAGGCCCCAGCUGUCCAUUCUCCCUUCGUGCAGUGAAAGGACCAACAGCUGCUUGGGGUCAUGGCUGUACGACGGUUUUUUAGAAACAUCUGGAAAAGAUGUUCAGCGCUCUUCUGCUGCACGAAGAGCGACGUAGAGGACCUUCCUGAGCCUCCUGACAGGAUUGACGAGGGACAGAAGCGGCAUGACCAGAAGGGAGAAUGGCAGACACAUCUUUGUGUGUCUGAUGGACACAGGUCUUCCUCCCAAGGGGUUUUGAUGGGUGUUCGUGCCACCGCCCGGAUCCCCAGGAAGGAAGAGGUGGCGCCAGUUCUUAUUUCAAUGAGAAAUGAGAACAUGGCGAAAUGGAGGCCGCGGCUCUUAACUAUCUCGGAGACCUGCACUGAGUCGGAUCCUUUGGAAGAAUGCCAACCAAGGGACGACGUGCAGGAGGAAAGCAGUGCCUGCUUAUCAAGAGAGAAAAAGCAAGAGCACUGGAGGCCGCGACUCCCCCCCAUUUUGGAGACCUGCGUUGAGUCGGACGAAGAAGACCAGCCGGCAGAAGAGGAGCUCUCUCCUACUGAGGAGAAGACGCAGACCUCGGAGCAGGAUUCGAUGGAAGUGCAGGUGGGCUCCGGGAUCAACAGCCUGGAGGAUUUCGACUCCAUUUCUGCCCUCUUGGAUGAGGUGUCUGAGGGAAGCUGGGAGCAGGCUGCAGAGGCUUUGGAGGCCAGCCUUUCGUCCAGUCCGUGGGAUUCUCCUGAAGAAGGGGAAGGCACGCUGGAGAAUCUCAGCAGCCUGGAGGAAGACUCCCUGGACUUCAAUCUCUAAUUAAAAGAGAUGCUUCCCCAGAUGCCUCUCCAGUUGGCAGAUCGGAGAAGGAUGAACCAGUCCCAGGCACAUCAGGAGACGGACGGCGAUGGACGGCGGAAUCCGACCCAGCAGCGAAGACCAGCGAUGAGCCACUUUCCCCCAAGGAACUUUCUGCGUCUUGUUAUUGUUGUUGUUUUUGUAAUUGUUCUUUUUGUUGUACUUGCUCUUGUUGUUCUAGUUAUUGUUCGGAGAAUAAAAGUAAAAAAGAUUUUAUAUAUACUAAUUUAGCUUAGGCCUAUUUUCAUUACACUUUUGUUAGGAAUAGGGUAAACUUUUCAUUAAAUGUAAAUUUCAGCAAAA